AUGCAUGUACCACUAAGAACUGGAUCCUCUUUAUUGACACAGGCAUGGGAGUGCACUCCCGGAAAAGAACUGGCAUGGAAUGUCUUGUCUUUGCUUACAACAUCUGGAAUGCUAUUUUUGGAAGUAAGCUUGGUGGCCUUUUUAUUCCAAGGAAAUCAUGUGAGUGGGUUAGAAGCGUUGACACGGACAUUUGUUGUCUCAGGGCUUAUCGUCGGUAUGGAUUUCCUCCUAAAGGCAAUUUAUCUAUUUGGAUUUGGGAUCCCGUUAUUCAUUGACAGCAAUGAUCAUACACAUCAGAUGAAGUGGAACUUGUGGGUUGUUCAUAGGCUGGUGCUGACCGCAGUCUAUGGCUUCAUACUGUUCAUGUACCAUUCCAAGUGGAGAGAAAGAUUACCUGCAAGACCUGCAUUCUACAACUACAUUGCUAUCAUGUUCUCGACGAAUGCUCUUGCACUGUUUGCUUGUGCACUUACUGGAAACGGGGCUAGUUUUGGGUUCUGGUUGUACGGUGCCACCAUUGUCUGCUAUCAUGCCUUCUAUCUUCCUCUUCUAUAUGUGACAUUUCUGGCUGACUUUUUCCAGGAGGAAGAUUUGCAUUUAGAGAACGUAUACUACUCGGAGAUGAAAGAUGCUGGUUUCUUUGAUGCUGAUUGGGAGUGAUAUGGUGACUUCUGAAUCACAACAUGAUCUGGUUACAACACUCUGUAUAUAAAAGUAAAUAUGUACUUCAAUCUCAGAAUGUUGAGAUGCAGGCAAUGUUUGAUCAAUGUUUGUAUGGCUCCAUAUCUUUUUCUCAACUGUAGAAGCUAUUACCAUGUUGUCCCCUUUUUGCUA